CCGUUGAGGGCGGCGCUACGUGACAGCGUUCAUAUAGGGCUCAAAUGACGCUGCCUGCUACUCUGACUGUUAAUAUUGCAGGAGCUUUGUGAAGACGGGACCAGAAGACAGACAUCAAAAUGAUUAUCGUAAUCGAGGAUAAGCCCGCCUUCGACCAUGCUCUGAAAAAUGCCGGGAACAAGUUGGUGGUGGUGGACUUCACAGCCACAUGGUGCGGGCCCUGUCAGAACAUCGCUCCAAUCUUUAAAGGGAUGUCUGAAGACGAAGCAAACAAAAAUGUUGUGUUUCUGAAGGUGGAUGUGGAUGAUGCACAGGAUGUGGCCUCAUUCUGUGACAUCAAAUGUAUGCCAACAUUCCAUUUCUACAAGAAUGGAAAGAAGAUUGAUGAAUUUUCUGGAUCAAAUCAUGAUAAGCUGAAGGAGAAGAUCAAUUUGUAUAAAUGAAGAAAAACACAAAUACACAAACCAACCACUGUAAUAACUAAUAUACGCAGAAAUAAAAUACAAUUUUCAACCUCAA